AUGGCUGAAAAUGGAAUUGAGGAAAUGUUAGAUCACCUAAGAAGGAUCAAGAGUGGAGGUAAUCUGACUAGCUUCAAGAUUGAUCAAAUACAGAAAUUUGAAAUGUGGCUAAGAGUUUUGAGAACCUUUAUAAAGUAUCAUCAUGUUCUUUUUCGUGAUUCCUUAUUCAAACACACAAAGAAUGCCAAAUUGACUAUGGAAAUGCUUCACCGGGUAUUGGAUGAGAUUACAGAUCAAUGUAAAACUAACCCUAAUCUAGAAAGGCUAGAAUCACAUUUGUUGGAAUUCUUGAAAUGUAAUACCAUUUUAAGUUACAAUUAUGAGUUGAAUGAUUUGGAUCUGUCGAAAUAUAUGGAUUUCCUCGAAAAGAAUCUAACUGAUUUAGUGAUGAUUUCACUGGAGGAGGUUAGAUCUUACCCUGCUGAACAAAACCUUGAAAUACACAGAUUUAUAAAGCAACUGAAAAUUGUUCAAAAGAAAAUGAAAAUUUUGAGAUACUUAUAUGCUACAGAGAUAAAUGGUUACGUCGGCAAUGAGAAGCUAGAAUGUUUGGAGACUCGAAUUCAGUUCAUGGUUAACAACGUGGGACAACUUUGUUUUGCUAUUUCAGAUAACGUUUUUGCUGAUUUUGUAGAUAAGGAUGAGGAUGAUAUCUUGAAUAAACAUCCUUAUCUAUUAUUCUUGAUUGUGUUAGUGGAGCUGGAAAUGAAGAAGAUUUUUCUCGAUGAACUAAAGGCUUCAAUGUUUACUCAUUCAAGAACUUUCAAGGACAAGAAAUUACCAAAAGGAUCUUCUCAUCAUCUGCAAAAUCUGCUGAUGUAUCUUGGAAACAAAAAGCUCAAUAACUUUCUUGAUAACGUCUCUGUUCAAAAUAUUGAUGUGGCAAUAGAGUUCUUUUUGGUUUUCCUUGAUGAUGAUGUGUCAAAUCAUGAUUCUCUUAUAAGGAAACUGAAUGAGAUGUCUGUCUCUGAAUCCGAUUUAGAUUUCUUGAUGAAACCUCUUUUAGGUAAUUUGGAGAAAGAGUUAUCAACUCUUAUAUCCAUUUUAGAGAAGGAGUUGUCAUCUUUAUCAUCCAUUUUCAGAGAUGUCGCAAAGGUGCACCAUAAACAUAAAAUUCUUAAAGAUCUUAAGAGACGUACUAUCAAUUUGGCAUAUGAAGCUGAGGUGACUGAGAUAUGGUCAGCAGACGUUGCUCUUAAGCCUUUCUAUGUGGUAGCACCAUUUAAACACCUGCUAACUCGACAUAGCAAUCCAGUGAUUGAUGAGGAGAUAGUGGGUUGUGGGAAUGACAUAGAAAAAAUGAUUCUGUAUCUAAUUAAAGGUACAAAUGAGCUAGACGUCAUCCCAAUUGUAGGCAUGGGGGGACAAGGGAAAACGACAAUUGCUAGAAAGGUGUACAAUAGUGAAAACAUUGUUUCUCAUUUCGAUGUUCGAGCAUGGUGCAUCAUUUCCAAAACAUAUAACCGGAGAACACUAUUAGAAGAGAUUUUUAGUCGAGUUACCGGUUACAAGGACAAGAGAUAUAAGGAUGACAUCCUUACUGACAUGUUGAGGAAAAGUCUAGUGGGAAAGAGAUAUCUCAUUUUAUUGGAUGUUAAGUGGGAUUACACACCAGGCAAGUUCUGGACCUCAAUUAAUAGCAAGGAUUACACAAAUCUUACAUCUCUGGCACACAUUCAACUCAGAACUGAUCACUACAUACUACUUCCCAAUCACUGA